AUGUCUAAGGCACAGAGUGUCAACGGCAGUGAGUCCGAGUUUGAGUUUAUCGAAACUCCCAAAGCUCCCACGCCCAAGUUCGAAAAGUUCGAGGACUGCGGUGUGCGGACCACAUCGGUCCCGACCAUCAAGAACGGUCCUCUUCCCGCUGACGGUGCUGGCAGCGACACCUUCUCAAACCUCCUGCUCUUUGCUAUCCUGAGCGGUGUGCCGUCGUACCUGUCAUGGAAAGUUGGCGGUGGCUUCAAGACCACGCUCUUCUUUGCUCUUUUUACCACCAUCCCUCUUCUUGCCGCAUUUUGGAUCAUUGCGUCGAGCAUCUCGCCCCGCAAGAAUGAGAAAGCCAAGCUUCCUGGACGCCCAGUCGAGCACUAUCUUACCUUCAAGAAGCCCGCGGACCAAGCACGGUAUCACGGCCGGAACAAGAUUCCCAUGGAGACAUUCCACGAAAUGUACUUUGACGGUGACGUCGACUUCAAUGGAGAUGCUCUCGAGGUGCUAGAGUACCGCCACGACUGGGCCAACUUCCGCUUCACCUUUGGCCUCAUCAAGUUUUUCCUGACUGGCAUGAUGCCUGAGGUCAUUAUGCACACCCGAUCUCAGGACGAGGAGCAAGUGCGCGAUCACUACGACCGCGGUGAUGACUUCUAUGCCUGGUUUCUUGGCCCGCGUAUGAUUUACACUAGUGGCAUCAUCAGCGACAUCAACAAGGAAGAGACUCUGGAGGAGCUCCAGGAUAACAAGCUUGCUGUUGUCUGCGAGAAGAUCCAGCUCAAGGAGGGUGAGCGCCUGCUUGAUAUCGGCUGUGGUUGGGGGACCCUUGCCCGUUUUGCCAGUGUGAACUACGGUGCCAAGGUGACCGGCAUCACUCUCGGUCGCAACCAGACUGCCUGGGGCAACAAUGCUCUCCGCAAGGCCGGCAUCCCUGAGGAGCAGAGCAAGAUCCUUUGCAUGGACUACCGCGACAUUCCUGUUCCUGAGGGUGGCUACCACAAAAUUACUUGCCUGGAGAUGGCCGAGCACGUUGGUGUUCGCCACUUCUCGUCUUUCCUCAAGCAGGUCUAUGACAUGCUGGAUGACGAUGGUAUCUUCUUCCUUCAGAUUGCCGGUCUGCGUAAGAGCUGGCAGUAUGAGGAUCUUGUCUGGGGUCUCUUCAUGAACAAAUACAUCUUUCCUGGCGCCGAUGCCUCUACCCCUCUUGGCUGGUUCAUCGACAAGCUGGAAGGUGCUGGCUUUGAGGUCAAGGCUGUGGAUACUAUUGGCGUUCACUACUCGGCCACUCUCUGGAGGUGGUAUCGUAACUGGAUUGCGAACCGUGAGAAGAUCGAGGCCAAGUAUGGCAAGCGCUGGUACCGCAUUUGGGAGUUCUUCCUUGCCUACUCCACCAUCAUUGCCCGUCAAGGUAGCGCCACCUGCUACCAGAUUGUCUUGCACAAGAACCUCAACUCGUUCCAUCGGAUUGAGGGUGUUCCCUCUCAGCAUGCCAUCCACGGUGCCAAACAGGCUGCCGUUUCUACUAAGGUCGACCUGGCUGCCUGGGCGAAGGCCGAAGCUGCCAACUUCCCCAGUGUUCCGGCUCACUAA